AUGUGUAUCUUCCUAACCACUUGUGCCCAUCCUGCUUUUCCUUUCAUCUUGAUAUCUAAUAGGGAUGAAUAUUUUCUUAGGCCAACUGCUCUUGCUCACUUUCAUUCAAACAAAAUCUUAUCCCCAUACGAUUUAGCAAGAAAUGAACGUGGCACCUGGAUAGGCGUCAACAAAGCUGGUAAAAUCGCUGUUCUUGUCAAUUUUCACGAAGAUAACUAUGAUAGCAUUUACAGCAAAGUUUCAAGAGGCUUAAUUCCCAUGCAAUUUCUAAAAUCUCCUAAAAAAUCAAAAGAUUGGGAACUAGAAUUGUACGAUUUAUACCAGAAUAAAGAAAAUUUCGUUCAAAAAAUUGGUGGCUUCUCUUUAUUGUUUGGUGAAUUAUCCUAUAACAAAACUGCAAACUCAAUAAACCCUUUGAAAAUCAUAUCAAACCGUGGCGAUGAAGAAAAGAAGCAAAAAAAUGUCAAGUUUAAUCAAAAUGAUAAUCCAAUUCCAAUCAAUUUCUCCUCAGAAAAUUCAGAAAAUACACUUAAACAACAAUACUCAAAUAAAAAAUUCAUAGGACUAUCCAACUCGCUAUUCAAUCACCCUUGGCCAAAAGUUCAAAUAGGCGAAAACCUUUUAAAUAACCUCAUAACAAAUUCAAUCAAUGAAAAUUGGCAAGAACAAAAAAUAAUUCAAAAAUUAUUCGAAUUGUUAUCUUUUAAUUCUUUUCAAAUUGAUAAAGAAUUUCCUUCGGAAAAUUUUAAUAACUUGAAAAAUUCAAUUUUUAUUCCUCCAUUCGAAGUUAAAGAUAAUAAAAUUCCAAACAUUAUUGGCAAAUAUUAUGGCACGAGAACUCAAACCAUCAUUUUGUUAGAUAAACAAGGUAAUCUAAAAUAUAUAGAAAGAUCUUUACACACAAAGGACACCCUCACUGAACCAUCUUUUGAUAACGUUUAUUCUUUUAACAUU